GGGAAUUUUAGUGUCAGGCAAAACAGUAAACGUAGUUGCUUAAAGUUAAUAAAUAUUAGAAUAUUAUUUAUUAUGAUAUCAUAAGGGUAGGGCAAGUUUGAUUAUGUCUUACAACAACACAUGAAAAAUCCUGCGCAUGGUUCACAAUGGAAGUGUUAGUAGAACACGACUAUAUUGCGAAAGAACCCAACGAAUUAACAAUCACAAGGGGCGAUAUCAUCAAGGAUGUGACCAAAAAGCAGGGUGGUUGGUGGGAGGGCACGUUGAAGGACAAGAAGGGCUUGUUCCCGGAUAAUUUUGUUAAAGUGUUAGACAAAGACUCCUCUGUAGUGCUAAGGAAUAGGAAGGACGCCUCCAGGAUAAGGCAGUGUAGGGUUGUGUUUAGCUAUAAGCAAGACCAUGAAGACGAGCUUAAUUUAAACGUGGGUGAUAUCAUUGAUAUAUUGGGGGAAGAGGAGGAGGGCUGGUGGAGAGGAGUCCUCAACGGGAAGGAGGGCGUCUUCCCCUCAAACUUUGUUGAGGAGAUUGCGCCCCUUGCCUCCAAACACAACAGUAGCAAGGAGAACUUAACCAACAGCAUUGCCAGCAAUGAAACGCCGCCCCUUUAUUCCAAACCAACCAAGAUUUUGUGCGAAGUCAAAUUUCCCUACAAGGCACAAAACGACGACGAGCUGACGCUCAAAGAAGGCGAUCUCGUGGUCCUUAUCAGCAAAGACGGCCAGGACCCCGGCUGGUGGAAAGGCGAGCUGAACGGCGUUGUUGGGGUUUUCCCCGACAAUUUCGUCACAGUUUUGCCUUCAGCCGGCGAUGAAACGCCCCAAAAAGACGAGAGAAGAGUCAAGUCCCUCGUGGAGCCACAUUCCAUUAAACACGGCACAGUCAGUGCCCAACGAAAGUCCUUAGAAGUGCAUAAUGAUAAGAGUGAAAAACUCGAAAAUGAGAAUUUGUCACACACUAAAACCACGCCACCCCUACCGGGCAAAAAGCCCACAAUUCCGCUUAAAAAAUCACCAUCGGGGUCGAGUUCCUCCGGUGGUAUUUUUCAAGGGCUGAAAAAGAAACUAGUUGAUGUGGUGGAUGGAGCCACUGGGAGCAAAAUUUCCCCGCCUAAACCCGAACCUUGUGAAAGUGCUUUGCCCGAAAAUGUGUUCGAUGAUGUGCACAGGAGGCCGCUGCUUUCGGACGUGAGGGCAAGCAGGCCCAAAGCCCCAGGGCGGCGGCCGCCUUCCAUCAUCGGCAAAGACCAAGAGCCGGGUCUCAUGAACGGGAACAGCGACCACAACGCGCUGGAAACCAUGUCUGAGGCAGCGUUCAGCGUGAGUUCCAGCUCGGAGGGCGACCCGACCGAAAGCAAGCCCAAGCUGCCCGAGUGGGCAAAACAUCCGGCUCCAUGGCUGGAAGAAAUGAAACUCAAUCAGGCAAAACGCAGCUCGUUUACGCCACCGCAAGACAAGCUCAGAUUAACCCCUACGGACAAGACCGACGACGAGGCCAAGUCGAAGUCGUUCAAAAAGGAUCCCAGUCCCGUCGACAAAUCUAAGUCAAUAGCGAAUGCAAGAGUAAAGACACCCACCAACGAAUUUCCCGCCAUUCGAAAUAAACCUAACGUGCCAAUACCUAGCAAGCCACAGACAAUAGCUGAUGUGUUUACGCCACAAAAGCCGAUCACGAAAGUGUCACCUGCCAGUAAUAAAACUCCCUCGCCUAUGCAUAGAAUCGACACGAAUCUUGACAGCAGCGCUGGAGGAGAUUCCGGUGAAGAACUGACGUCGAAACAAUACGCUGAAUUGGAGCAUCGGAUAGCCAGACUUGAAGAGUUGUUCGAAAAGCAACGGCAGAAUUAUGAAGCGGCCAUUGAGGAACUUAGAGGGAAACUGCAAAUUGAAACGGAGAGGAGGAUGGCUCUUGAAGCGAAUUUCGACAAGUUUCUACAAGACGGUGCAAUUCAACAACUUUAAACCCUUAUUUUUAUAUUAUUUAUAGCUAAGUAUUUUUUCGCCAUUUAUAUUAGACUGUAGGUGAUGCAGCAUAGCGUUUUGACCCCGAAACUCAGCGAUUUAAUUCCACUCGAAACGCUUUUUAUAGAAUAAAAGUUUAAUACAGUAUUACUUUUGGCACUAAAAAUACUGCCUAUUUGAAACUAACCCGUUUUUUAGUUAUAUUGUCUAUGGUAAAAAUUGCAAUUACCAUGCUUUAUAGAGAGGUAGAGGAAAAAAGUUCAUAUAAUAAUUUUACAACGUCUUUCUGAUUAUUUAUUUGUGACCAAGCACACACUUUUGCUUUUUUCGAAUAGUUCCUACUUUAAACAACGACUAACUUAUUGAAGUUAUUCACCCAAAAAAUUAAGCGUGAAUAAUUUAGUUUUUCUGGAAUUGGAAACGUUUUCUCCAUAUCUUUGUCUAGUCAUUAAAGUAACGUGUUACCCAAUUAGUCUUCCCUGAGUUUUUCAGUGACAUUUUUCAUAAUUGGUCCAACUAGCUUCAUUUUUAGUACAACUAUCGAUUAAAUUGCUGAGUUUGUGCAAAAUCAUGAGAGAGAAUUGCAAGAUUUUAUAUAAAUGAAUUAGCUACCGCAGUUUUUAUAUAGCGUUUUUACCACAUUAGCCUAAUUAAAUUAACAGGUACAUGAUAGUUGUAUGUAAGUAUUAAUGAAAAUCAUUCCAUUGCUCAGAGUGAAAAUUUAGAAUUUUCACUGUAUUUAUUUAUCCUUUUGUUCAUCGAUUCCAUUACGUGUGUAUAUUUUAACCUUUUUAUAUGUUACGAUUUUUAGCAUCUUGUAGCGGCUUUCGUCAAAAAUAUGUUUGCCACAAUUGUAAAUUAUUUAUUGGCGCCACACGUCAUAUCAGUUAUUUUUGGCGAACUGGCCGAAUGACAUACAUAACUAUUUUGUUAGUGAGUCUUGUAUUUUUGUAUUCUUGUAUAAUUAUUAUGAAUAAGUGUUCAAAGACGGUGAUAGGAUAAUUUUAAAGUAACUUAAUGAAUCGCUAAGUGGAAUUGCUUUAAUCCUGGUAGCUCAAGACUUUUAGCUCAUAUUUUGCUACUUCAGUAGAUUGUGCAAGAACUAUAUUUUGAAGAGGUAAGAGAUAUCUUGUAAUAAUGUAACAUUCCAUAAUUCACUUAAUGUAAAUAAAAUAAAAAAUGAAAAAUUGUACUUAGACAUAUUGUUGAACAAUAACAGUAAAUAAAAUAUUUAAGAAAG